AUGGCAUACAUUUUGUACAAUAAAAUUAAGAAUCUGAUUUUAAGGUAACCGAUCAAAACAAAACAGAUGUCCACCGCGAUUGUAUUGAUCAAGUUUCUUGUGAGUAGAUCAAGGGAAGAAUUCCAACUGUUAAUUUAAUCAGCUUCGACUUCUGUAAUUGGGAAAAUGAAGUAGUAAUUAGAAAAGAAAACAGAUGAUACAAGUAAUGACAGUAAAGUAGAGAAGACAGAACCAGAAGAAACGAAACCAAAGUUACUUUUAAGAAAGAAAGUUAUGAUUGUUAGAGAAAAUACGUAACAAUAAAUGAAAUAGCCAGAAAUUAUAAAUCGUAGUGUCUCAGUUACUGAUAAAUUAGUAAUGUAUUCGUAACCUUAAGAAUCUAAUCUAAAUCCUGAAAAAGAGUUAAAAUAUCAAUUAAGAUUAUAAUAAAGAAAGUUAAGAAAAGAUUUAAAAAAUAUUUAUCAACCAAUGAUAGAUUUAGAUAAUGAUCAUAUGUGGUGUUCUCAUGCUGUUUUAAAGAAAAAGUUUAUGAAAUAUCCUGAAAAAUAUUGUAUUAAACAAUUUAUAAAUUUUAGUUUUAAAAAGAGGAGCCUUUUAUAUUUGGAAAUAUUUAAAUAAUAAUAAUUCUGAUAUUAGAAUAACAAUUAUGAAUUUUGCAUAUAGAAGAGCAAAAUUAGUAAUAGUUGAUAAAAUCCUAUAAGAAUAAAUUCAGGAACUUCAUAAAUAAUAUAAUAUUACAGGUUAAAUUCCUAGAUAAUCAUUACCAUUAUUAGUUUCAUGUCAACAAACUCCAAAAAUUAUGAAACCUUAAAUUAGAUUAUAAUAACAACUAUAAGUUCCUAAUAUAAGUUAAUUACCUAUGUUGAGAAGUUAACAUUAAUAAAUAAAAUCCAUGGAAUUUUAUGAAGUUACAGUUAAGGAUUAAAAAGCACAUAAAUCAAAUAAAUCAUUAAAUCUUACUUAAGAGUAGGCUAAAAUAUAGUAAAAGAUAAAAUUAUAAAGUUCAAAAGACUUAAUUUGA